CCACAACGCCUGGAAGAAAUUGCUGAAGACAACUGUGUCCACGUUUCAAGACAUACGCACAUUUAACUCCUAAAACAGUGAAGUCAUGCAGGUGGAGAGGAAAUGGCACAUUCUGUUGACAAUCUUCUUUCUGCUCAUCACCUCGGGCCAGUGUAUGGACAGCAAGGACGUCAAGCAGAAAGAAAGAAGGACCCUGUUGGAUCUAAUCUUACAGGUUAUCAGAGACAGCCAGCAACGGGACAAACGCAUCUCCAGGCGCUGUAGCAGUGAACUCUUCACCUCCGCCCAAGACACGAAGUUCUCCUCCCGUGAAAAGCCUUUCUAUGUUCCUAGGCUGGAUAACAGUAGACUCAUAGAAAUCGUUCCUAGAGAUGUAAACAUGAAAGGCAAAUUCAUUCAGCAUUUCACAGCAGGACCAGUCAAGUUCUCGUCGGAGUGCAGAACACACUUUCAUAGACUUUAUCACAACACAAGGGAUUGCUCAAGACCAGCAUAUUACAAAAGAUGUGCAAGAUUGCUAACACGAUUAGCAAUGAGUCCACUCUGCAUGCAAUCGUAGAUAUUGCAUGUCCCAAAAAAAUGGAAGAGGGAUCAAUGUGUUGCCAAGGAAGUGCCUUCAAAUCCACAGCAGUCAUAUAAACAUUGUUGUGUUUAUAGCGUUUCUAUUUUUGUUGUUCUUGUCAUUAUUGAAAAUGCUGAUGGACAUUGUUGGCUAUUAAAUGGAUGUGCUUUUUAUUUCAAUG